AUGAUAGCCGACCAAAUGGAGACCGGAAAUCACAUCGUCGAACCAAAGACUCAGCAUCAUGAGCAUGAAAGUAUGCCUGGGUUGAUGCAGAUUCCGACCUCGGUGACCUUGUCCGCUGAGCAAUUCGAGAGGCUCUACUUGAGCCCCAUGAUGCACCGCCAGUCUUCUCUCGCAAAGAAUCUGGGUAACCCUACUCCCCUCGGACUCGGAGCUUUCGUGCUGACAGCCUCGCCACUUUCUUGUUGCUUGAUGGCAUGGCGAGGCGCGGGGGGAGGCGGUGCUGCACUCUCAGGAGUGUUCAUGCUCUUGGGUGGAGUGCUGCUAGUAAUCUCUAGUGUGCUCGAAUUCAUCAUCGGAAACACAUUCUCGUCAGUUGUGUUCGGACACUUUGGGGGUUUCUGUUUAGCGUCAGGGGCUACCUUAAUUCCAGGCUUCUACGCCGCAGCUCCAUAUUCUUCUACCACGACCAAUACAUUGGCAGGGCUUCAUAGUCCCGGAUUCGUGAAUAGUUUUGCGUUCUUCUACAUCUUUAUGGGAUCAUUGAUGCUUGUUUACGCCGUUUGCGCAACGAGGGCAAACAUUGUAUAUUUUGCCAUGUUCGCAACUAUGGUCUUGGUUUUCUCGCUUUUUUCUGCUUCAUACUGGAAAGCGGGCCAGGGGGACAUUGUUCUCGCUAAUCGUUUGACAGUGGGUGGUGGUGCAGGUCUAUUUGUUGUUAGUAUGCUCGGAUUUUACUUGUUGACAGCACAACUUCUUGAUUGUGUUGGGUUUCCGCUCUGUCUACCUGUCGGAGAUCUCAGCGGGGUUUGGAAUAACCGAAGUAAAUUGUAA